AUGUCGACAUUCAGAUGGAUGCUUCUUCGGCUGAUGUACGUUUUACCACGUUCUCGUAGGUACGCAGGAUUCAGGCCUCAAUACAAAUGGCGUUACGGAGACACUUUUGGCAACGACACUGCGAAAUACUUCCAGCAGAAACGCUCUCUCACCCUAACAAGUUAUACAGCAAAGGAUUCUGGGAUGGGAUGGGAUACUAAGGUCCAGUUGCCAUCRGUUUAUUCAAAUGUCCCAGACCUCGUACUUGGUGCUCGGGCACGCGACGGAAACAGAAUGUUGGCGCCAAUCAAGUACACUCUACUCAAUCAUCAUGACAGAGACGAGGACAUACGGGACUUUCUAAAGAAAGUUCAAGAUCAUCGUUGUCAGUACGUAGAUAGCAGUGGGACGUUACCAAGGGUUGACUACUUUGUUCUGCCUACAAAGAACGACAUCAAGUCUUUUUCAACUACAAGAUGCGGUGAUGAUGAUCUUAGGUAA